AUGGUCGAAUUAACGGAUUAUCAGCGUCAAGAGAAAGUUGGUGAAGGUACAUAUGGAGUUGUGUAUAAGGCAUUGGAUACCAAGCAUAAUAAUAGGGUUGUUGCUUUGAAGAAGAUCAGAUUGGAGUCGGAGGAUGAAGGAGUUCCAUCGACAGCCAUAAGAGAAAUUUCGUUGUUAAAGGAAAUGAAAGACGAUAAUAUCGUUCGGUUGUACGAUAUAAUACACUCUGACUCGCAUAAGUUGUAUUUGGUGUUUGAAUUUUUAGACUUGGAUUUGAAGAAAUACAUGGAGUCGAUUCCUCAGGGUGUUGGCUUAGGCGCCGACAUGGUCAAGAGGUUUUUGAACCAGUUGGUCAAGGGUAUUAAGCAUUGUCACAGUCACAGGGUAUUGCAUAGAGACUUGAAGCCCCAGAACUUAUUGAUUGACAAGGAAGGAAAUUUAAAAUUGGCCGAUUUUGGCCUCGCAAGAGCGUUCGGGGUGCCUUUAAGAGCGUAUACACACGAAGUGGUAACUUUGUGGUAUAGAGCACCUGAGAUUUUGUUGGGUGGUAAACAAUAUUCAACUGGGGUGGAUAUGUGGUCGGUUGGUUGUAUCUUUGCAGAGAUGUGUAAUAGAAAGCCACUCUUCCCAGGGGAUUCAGAAAUCGACGAAAUCUUCAGAAUCUUCAGAAUUUUAGGUACGCCAUCAGAAGAAACCUGGCCUGAUGUUUCAUACUUGCCAGAUUUCAAGUCGACUUUCCCUAAGUGGUCCAAGAAAAAUUUGGCUGAAUUUGUGCCUACUUUAGAUGAAGAUGGGAUCGAUUUGUUAGAGCAAAUGCUUGUUUACGAUCCAAGUGGUAGAAUCAGUGCAAAGCGAGCCUUAAUUCAUCCAUAUUUUCAGGAAGAUGGUGAAAACUACGAUAGUUAUCCAAGAUCUGUUAACAUGGGUUAG